GCCCCGCCAGCAGGUGCGCGGCAGGGUCGCGUCCGAGGAGCAGCUCACGGUGAGGCUGGCGCUGGACUCCCUGCGGCGGUCGCGGCAGGCUGCCCGGCACCGCCGCGUGCGGCUGACGAUGAUCGACGCCCUGGUCGACGAGCUCGAGGCGCACCUCGGCGCGCCUGGCGCGCCCGCGGCCCCCGGGCCCGCGGCAGCUCUGGGCCCGCCCCCGGGCUCCGCUGCAGGGGUCUCGCCCGAGGGCACCGCGGCGGCCGGCCAGGGCGCGGCGGCGGUGGCCGGCGGCGGAGGCGGGCCGCCAGCGGCAGCAAGCUCCUCGGCGCCGCCGCCCCUCCUGCCAGAUCCUGCGGCGACGCGUGCCCAGGAGGAUACCAUCCGGGCCGCUGCCCGGGCAGGCUCCGUGGAGGCCCUUCUGCUGGCGGCCGGAGUGCCGGCAGCGGCUGCCGCGGCGCUGCUGUCGGCCCAGGGCCAGCCCCACUCGACGGAGGCCGGCGCGGGCGCUGCUGCCGUGGCCGCUGCCGGCUCCGGCGCUGCCGCGGGCGAUGGCGCGACCGCGGCCGCGACCUCCUCCGCGACCUCGCCUGCGCCGCUGGCGUCGGAGUCGUCGCCCACUUCGGCUCGGCGCGGCGGAGCUGCAGACACUUCGGGCGCCCCUUUGGCCCUGCAGGCCACAUCGGCGGCGUCAGCCCCAGAGCCUGCGGCCAGCGGCCAGGCGUCCUCGGCAGGUGCAGGCCAGGGCGGCGAGGGAGGGCACGGCCCGUCGCCGCAGAGGUCAAGAGCCGCGGCCUCGCCGCCCUCGCAGGUGGGGCCUGCGGCGACGCCAGUUCAGGAGGACGCCAUCAGGGCCGCUGCCCAGUCAGGCUCUGUGGAGGCCGUUCUGCUGGCUGCCGGGAUGUCGGCGGCGGGUGCCGCGGCGCUGCUGUCGGCCCAUGGCCGCACGACAGACGUCGGCGCAGGUGUCGCUGCCGCGGGCAUUGCUGGCGCUGGCACUGUCGAUGACGAUCCCGCCGCAGCAGUGGCGAUGUCCUCCGCGAUCUCACCUGGCCCGCCCAUCGCGGACCCAUCGACGAGCCCUCCCACAGCCCCAGAAGACUCCGCGGCCGCGGUCAUGCACCCACCCGCGGCACCUACCAGCGAGGCGGCGAGCGCUUCGGCAGCCUCACCGGCCUCGGCUGGGGACAUCGUGGCAACAGCAGCGGCCGCAGCGGCAGGGAGCCCCACAGUUGCAGCAGCGCAGCCGGCCACACUGCCUGGCCAGCAGCUUGCCUCCUUCCAGCCGUCCGCCCGCCAGGCUGCAGGCCCGCUGGAGAGAGCCACGGCCCCGCCCGCGGCGGCGCCGACUGCACCUGCGUCGACCCAGCGGGCACCGUUGCUCGGCCGCGACUCCCCCGCGCCUGCCAGCGGGCCACUGCGAAGCUCCACGGCCCCGGCGGCUGCCUCUGGAGCUCCUCGCUCGGCACCGGCAGCGCCCGCCGCUGGGGGGGAGAGCGGCUCGCCUGGCCCGGCGAGCGCCUCGACGGCUGCCUCGGGCGACACGCCUGGCUCGGCCGCGGCGGCGCCCGCCACAGCCGGGGCCAGCGGCUCGUCUGCCGCCAGCGCGCCCGCCACCGGAGGGGCCACCGGCUCCUCGUCUGCCGCCAGCGCGCCUCCCACACGGGACAGGUUCGCCGAGUACAACGCCAGCGUGAGGCGGAGGGCAGCGCAGCGCGAGGCGAGCAGGAGGGAGCGCCUGGCGGCACUGAACGUCGCCAUCGAUGCUCACAUGGCUGUGGUGGGCCUGGCGAGGGCAGCCGAGGCGCCUCCAGCCAACGACGCGCAGUUCGUGGACAGUCACAGCUCGACGUCAGCCUGGGACGGGCCAGAGGACACGCAGUGUGUGAUCUGUUGCGAAGACCUUGUUGAAGGCGACCCUGUUCGUAGAUUGCCUUGUGGCCAUGUCUACCAUCAAGACUGCAUCGACCUCUGGCUCCGGCGUAGUCGUCUCUGUUGCCUCUGCAAGCGGCCAAUUGACCAGGCAUAAGUUCUGAUCUACGCUUCUUGCCUCGAUGCGAGUCAGUCCGUUCCCCCCCGCGCCUGCGCUUUUUAUUCAAUCCGAAUUUCGGAAGUAUUGAAAAGUAGCAUCCUUCGACCGGCUUCCAGAUCAUAAGGUCGAGUCCAGUAUGGACAGCGGGCCUUGGAGCAUCACGCAGAGGGACUUGAUGGCUCACAGUCUACAGCCACCAGUGGGAGUUUUCAAAAGUGAGCGACUCGAAUCAUGGUCACAACACGCAUUAAAGCGUGCAGGUGGCCGAUUCCGACAGCGGCACGCGUCAUAGUCGUGUCUGGUAUCGCAGGCGUUCGUUGCACAGGUUCAUUGGGACGAGCGGUUAGCACAGG